AAAAUCAUUCAUAUUUUUGCCGUCAAAAAUAACGAAUGAGUAACGAAGGUUGUUAAAAAGUGAUAAACAAAAAAGUAUAAAUUCGAGGACAACGUGUUGACGGAACACAUUUGUUAAAGAGAAGACCUAGCGAAUAUAUAUAAAACAAUUCUACAACGAUUUCUAUUUAUUUUUCUAUACUUAGUGCUUCAUUAUUCUCUUUAUACUAAUAUCUUUAUAGUGAAAUGUUUGUUUAAACAAAAUACACAUACGUCGAAUCGCAUAUAUUUUUUAUUGUGUAGUCAUAAGUGUUGAAAACUAUUUUUCGAACAAAGUAGUUAACGAUCAUGUUAAGAUUGAAAUCAUUAAACAGAUUUGACAUUCGUAAAAUGAUUCAUACAAUACGUCCAGACCCGAGUACUACGGACUUAAGUCAACUACUUGCACAAGCUAAUGAAAUAUGGGACAAUUCAUUUUGGGGAGUAUGCAGUAAUGAUAUUUUAGUUAAGGAUUAUCAAGAUAAUGGCCUGUUCACUAUAGACCGACCAAAAACUUUUAAUAGUAUUACACCAGGAAUAUCUAAAAUAAUAAAUGAAACACUACAAAAGUGGAAACAUAAUAAAAAAUUAAUAAUGAUAGAAGGAUCUGGUGAUAAGGCAUUUUGUUCAGGAGGAUAUCUUGGAAUGCCUGCAGCUUAUCAACAUUUAAAAAAUGAACAUUAUAAUAUGCAUAAAAUAAAAACAUUUCAAGAAUAUUAUUCACUGAGUUAUAAUAUUGGUACAUUAAAAGUACCUUUCAUAGCCCUGAUGAAUAAUAUAACAAUGGGAUUAGGAUCUGCGAUAUCUCUACAGGCUAAAUACAGAAUCGUCACAGAAAGAUCAAUUUAUGCUAUGCCAGAAGUUUCAAUCGGUUAUUUUCCUGAUGCUUCAACUUGCUAUACUUUUUCUAGAUUACGAAAUCAUAUAGGUUAUCUUUUAGGCGUUACUGGAUAUAAGUUAAAAGGUACUGACAUCGUUCAUUCUGGUAUAGCCACUCAUUUCGUUCCUUCAGAAAAAUUAGAAAAUUUGAAAAAUGAAUUGCUUAAAUCUGAUGCAUCCAAUAUAGAAGAAAUUAUUAAUAAAUAUCAUGUUAAUAUAUCAAACAAUGAUUUUAGCCUUAAUCAGUAUUUAGAUAUAAUUGAAAAUUGUUUUUCUGCUCCUACUGUCGAAGAAAUCUUAGAAAGAUUGAAAAAAGAUAAUUCGAAAUGGUCCAGGAAAAUUAUAGAAAUGAUAAAUGCAGCAUCACCGACUUCUUUAAAGAGUGCUCUUCUUAUUAUUCAAAGAGGAAAAAAUCUUGAUCUUGCUGAUUGUGCAAGAAUGGAUUGUAGAAUGGGUCAUAAUUUACUUGUAGAAGGUUCUGACAUUUUCAAAGGUAUUAAUGUUGUUCUUUAUGAAAAAGAUAGAAAACCAGAAUGGAAUCCUGCACGGUUAGAAGAUGUACCAAUGGAAAAGAUAAUUCAUUAUUUAGAUAAUGUAUCACCAGAAAAAGAAUUAAAAUUAUAAUAUAAAAGCAAAGGAUUGACUAGAAAAAAAAACUAAACUAUUUAACAAUUACAUUAAUUAAUCAAUUAGACAUAUUAAAUAAUUUGAACUAUUAAAAGCUAGGAUAUAAUAUUAUUAAUUUAAACUUUUUAAUAAUUUUUAACAACUUUUACAUAUGUUUUAAUCUUGAAAAAAAAAAAAGAAAUUUA